AUGUCCGGAGCUUCGAGCUGGCUGCAGAAGAUGCGCAAAGGGGAGCUGAUCGAGUUGAGCGACACCGUGGGCUUCAAACAAUAUGAUGGAUUGAAGAAGACCGAGCUCGAGGUCGCGCUCGAUGACUACCUAACCAAGAACUCGUCCCAAUUCUCGUCCGACAGUCAACUUGCGCCAUUCUACAAGGGGCGGAGCGGGAGCUCCCCGGUGAAGAAGGAAGCUGCUUCUGUGGUUUCUGACAUCGAGGCCAAGGUCAAGUCGGUAAAGCGCAGAGUUACAAAAGCUGCAGAAGAGCUUAUUGCGACCGACGAUUCCGAAGUCGAACCUGCGACUACGCGCGCCAGAUCCGCGUUGACACGCACUCCACGCGCCUCUGCGCUUUCAAAUCUCUCGUUCGCCUCAAAUGUGCCCCUACCACCAUCGCCAAGUGUCGUCGCUGACGCGAUCGAUCGUCGUACACAAGUCUUGCGCUCCAAGGUUGCGAACCUGUAUGAGGACUCUGGUCUCAUCGAAUAUGCACAAACUACGCGCGAAAGUCUCUCCACUGUUCAGGCUGUGCAAGCAGUUGUCACUCUCUUCGAAUUCUACAACUUGCGAAAAGAGGUCUUGGCUGAUCGAUACGCGUUUACAAUCCCAACCAUCAACCACUUGACCUCCGCCCCGUAUGAUGUCAAGAUUCCCGAUUUGUUCCUGCUACUCACAGCCUCAUUCUGGAACCCCGUUUCAUUGUGGGCGAUCACUACUCUUGUUAUCCCAUUGGUCGCGUCGUACUUCUUCAACUUGACAGCCAAGCCAUCAAGGACCCGGAGCCACACUCCACAUUUUGCCUAUAAGUUUGACCCAUUGACAUUUAGCAUCGUCAAAGCUUUGAUGACCUUCGUCGUCUUUGGGCAAGAUGUCACUUUUGGAGGUCUGGUAGAUCUGGAGUCUGUUGCCCGAAUCAAUUCCGCCAUCUAUGGCGGUUGGAAAGGCGUCCUUGUUGGAACUGGCAUUACGGGCUUGGUCACACUCUAUGAUGCUGUUUUGAAGAAGUAA